AUGGUUAAUGUAUAUGUUGCCUUAUACACUUCCCAUAAUUAUGCUUCUAAUAAUUAUGAGAAAUGCAUAAGGCAGUUUAGUUCAUUUUUAUUGUUUCAGAUUUUGAAAGGGUUAAGCUUGACUGUGAAGUAUGGAGAGACAGUUGCGCUGGUAGGACAUUCCGGUUGUGGCAAGUCCACGAUAAUUCAGCUCAUCUCCCGAUUCUAUGAUGUCGUAGAUGGAAGCGUCUGUUUAGAUGGAAAUGACGUCCGCAUGCUAUCAGUGAAUUGGCUCCGCAGUCAGAUUGGUCUUGUUGGACAACAACCGGUUCUUUUCAACGCCUCUAUCCGUGAUAAUAUCCUCUACGGUCGCGAAGACGCUACCAAUGAUGACGUCAAGACUGCGGCUGAACAAGCUUACGCUCAUAGGUUUAUUACUAAGCUACCUAAGGGUUAUGACACAAUCGUUGGUGAAGGCGGUGCUGCAUUAUCUGGUGGACAGAAGCAGCGAAUUGCAAUAGCGAGAGCCUUAAUAAGGAAUCCUAAAAUAUUGCUACUCGAUGAGGCUACAAGUGCACUUGAUCUCACUUCGGAGGCAAAAGUACAAAAAGCUCUUGAUAAGGCUGCAAAAGGUAGAACAACAAUUAUUGUGGCUCAUCGGCAGUCGACUAUAAGGAAUGCUAAUAAGAUAUAUGUGAUGAAAGAUGGAAUUGUAGUAGAAGAAGGUAACCACGAAGAACUGAUGGCAUUAAAAGGUUACUACUGGGAUAUGGUAGUACUGCAAGAGCGACAUGAACCGAUGAAUACAGAAAUAGACGCUGAUCUUGCAAGAGAAGAGUCUAAAACAUCUGAACGUAGCGUUUCUGGCACGGGCGUGAUAGAUCCAUUGGAUGAAGAAAAAAGACAUACGCCAAAGCUUUCAUUCUGGCGAGUGAUUCGCUUAAAUGCCCCCGAGUGGAAGUCCAUCACAGUGGGCUGCAUCUGUUCUAUUAUCAUCGGGUUUUCAAUGCCGUUGUUUAUAGUUGUAUUCGGCGAUCUUUUUGGAGCCACAGGACAGCGUAUAGGUGUUGUGCUACAAGGGAUAGGUUCGAUUGGCCUGGCUGUAGUUUUGGCUAUGUUAUUUGAAUGGCGCGUGGGGUUGAUAGUCCUCUCGUUCUUCCCAGUAGUCGCAGUGGUGAUCUAUUAUCAGGGAAAAGCUAUUGGCCAAGAAUCACGAGACAAUGCAAAAACCCUAGAAGACAGCACUAUGAUAGCAAUAGAGGCUGUAUCCAACGUGCGUACAGUAGCAUCGCUUGGUCGCGAAAGGCGGGUGCUGGCUGAAUACUCUGCGCGGUUGUGGCCUGCCAUGGCACCCGCUCGUCGAGCAGCGCACUGUCGUGGCAUAGUAGCGGGCCUCUCACGUUCAAUGUUCUACUUCAUCAAUGCCACUGCCCUCACUACCACACAAUCUUUACAAAUGGCAUCUGGACAAGCACAAAACGCGUUCACUUUCGCUCCCGACUUCCAGAAGGGCAUCAAAGCUGGCUCUAGAAUCGUCGAGUUCCUUAAGAUAAAGCCGCAAAUCAUUGAUCCAGAAAAUCCAAUCCCAGAUUUUAACGCUACCGGAGAAGCUAAUUUCAAAGGAAUUGAGUUUAAAUAUCCAAAUCGGCCAACUGUAAAGGUGUUAAAAGGCUUAGACUUACAUCUGGAGCGUGGGCAUACAAUAGCAUUGGUCGGGCAAAGUGGCUGCGGCAAGAGUACCGUGAUUCAAAUACUUGAGAGGUUCUACGAUCCUGAUGUGGGCACUGUGUCCUUAGAUGACGUCCCUUUGCCUCUGUUGCGUAUACGAGAAGUGCGUGCUUCCCUUGGGUUGGUCUCACAAGAACCGGUACUAUUCGACCGCACUAUAGCCGAAAACAUCGCCUACGGAGACAAUUCAAGGACGCUGCCACAUGAUGACAUUGUGGAAGCAGCCAAACAGGCUAACAUACAUAAUUUUAUAGUUUCGUUACCUCAGCUUUCGGGCGGGCAGAAGCAACGCGUAGCGAUCGCUCGCGCACUCGUACGUAAUCCAAGGAUACUAUUGCUAGACGAAGCGACAAGUGCCUUAGACUCUGAGAGUGAAAAGUUGGUACACCAUCGUCUGUUAAAGCUCCGCUGCAGUGGUCAUGCAUCCGGCAGUCGGCAGGAUAACCACGCGAGGGAUACACGUCGUCGUCCAACACGCGCACCGCACCUACAACGUUUGGAUGCCCGUGCAUCGGCCGCUUGUGUGUUUGGAGGUGUUGCCCUAAAGGACAGGCGCUAUAUUGGCAAAGAGUGUCGGGACACGGAUCUGGGUGUUGUGAAUCCGUUCAGUCCUCCGGUGUUUAAAGGAGCGGCACCGAUUAAUGUGACGGCCCACGAGCGUUUCUUUUACAUGCACAAUAGACUAUGUGAAGAAAGAUAUAUUGCUGACACGAAUUUUCCUUCUAAUGAAUUAUAUUUACAGCAGAGCUUACGUGAUAACGGUUUCUGGAAGAUUUAUGAUAAUAACAAACAAAGAAGUUCACUGAAAUUCUGA